AUGGUAGGCAUCGAUGCUAGAAAUAAACAUAUUCUUGAUACGAAAUAUAUUUGUCCUGCAUGUUCAUUAAUACUACGAGAUCCUGUACAAUUGACUCAAUGUGGUCAUCGUCAGUGUCAAACAUGUUUAAAUGUUGAACAAGAAACGACAAUUAAAUGUCAGCAAUGUCAAUCAGAAACAUUACGAAUCGAGGAACAUCUCGAUCAAUCUCAUUCAAAUCUCAAAGGUGAAUACUGUGGCGAACAAUUCAACUCAAUUAACAAAUUUAAUGAACAUAAACUCUUCGAAUGUCAACAACUAACUGUUGACUGUAUAUUGAAAGACUUUGGUUGUAAUGAGCCAAUUAUCCGUGCCAAGAUGAAAGAUCACUAUUUGACUAAACAACAUCAACAUGCCAUACUCAAUGUUGUUCGGCAAAUGUUGUCACAAUCAAACGACAGACAAAUGGAUAUUGAUCUUCCUCGAACAACAACUGCAGGAGCUUGCAAUCCUCCUGUUGCUCAAUUAGAAGAGCUUCAUGAAAUGCUAAAUAUCUUGGCAGGUGCUAUCGAAACAUUGAUCAAUGAUGAACAAUGUCUAACCAAUGAAUCACUUCAAAUGCAAAUAACACUUCCAACAUUGACAGAAGAAUUAUCCAAAGUUAAAUUAUCCAUUGAAGGAUCAAAUUCUUUUUUGGAAGGAAUAAAACAUAAUCAAGUCAUUCUCAAUCAAGAUUUAUCAUCAUUACAAGAAAAAAUCAAUGAUUUGCAAUAUGUUUCAUAUGAUGGAACAUUGGUUUGGAAAAUUACAAAUUUUCAAGAGAAAAUGAUUGACGCACAGUCUGAAAGACAAACAUCAAUUUAUUCACCUCCAUUUUAUUCAUCUCCAAAUGGCUAUAAAAUGAGAGCUCGUCUUUAUUUAAAUGGAGAUGGAAAUGCUCGUCGUACACAUAUGUCACUCUUUAUUGUGCUUAUGCGAGGUUUGAACGAUUCAAUUCUCAAGUUUUCAUUCAACUAUAAAGUCUCUUUUUGUUUGUAUGAUCAAACACCUGCACAACGACAUAUUAUCGAUUCAUUUCGACCAGAUAUUAAAUCAAGUAGUUUCCAGCGGCCUCGAUCGGAUAUGAAUAUAGCUAGUGGUAUUCCAAAAUUUAUCCCGUUGGAAAUGGUUCAACAGGAAGGAAAUCCUUAUGUACGAGACGACGCAAUGUUUAUCAAAAUAAUGGUUGAUUUCGGAGAAAUACCUAAAACAUUAUUACCUUACGCUUUGAGUCUUAAUCCAGG